AUGGCAGGAGAAAGCGGCCUUCCUUCUGGGACAAUUCAGGGAAGGUUUCUGAAACGUACUCUUGUGGGCAGUGAUCAGACUUUCUGCAGAGGACGUGUCGUGAGAGUGCCCCAAGGUCCCCUCAUUCGAGUGGUGGGCACGGAGGUGGUGAUCCCUUGCAGUGUUAGUGACUACGAUGGACCCAGCGAGCAGAACUUUGAUUGGGAAUUCUCCCGAGAGACUGACUUCCUGCGGAUAGUGAGCACCUGGGAUUCCACUUUCACCUCCAAGGAGUUCCAAAACCGUGUGGGACGAGGGGAUAUCAAACUGAGGCGGAGCAGCAACGAUGCUGUGGAACUUGUGAUUAGCAACAUCCAGCCACCUGAUCAAGGGAUAUACAAAUGCUCUACACCCAGCACUGAUGCCACUGUUCAGGGAAACUAUGAUGCUGAGGUCCAAGUGAAAGUGAUUUCUGAUGGCUUAGUGGUGAGUGGCAUAAAAGCCCGUUCACCAACGACUCUCAAGCUCUCCGAGGGCGACUCCUUUAAGUUGCGCUGCUCGGCCACCACCACCUCUCCCGAGCACACUCACCUGCAUGUGACCUGGCAGAUCAAAAGCGGAGCGACGUGGCAGGACAUCCUGUCUUUGACUCACGAGGGCAAGUUCCAGCCUGGUCCCGGCUACGAGGAACGCUACCGCAAUGGCGAUGUCCGUUUGGACACAGGAGCAAAUGACACCUAUCAAUUAUCUGUGUCUCAGGCCAUGCAGAUGGAUGGAGGUGCCUACAGGUGUCUUGUGAGCGAGUGGGUGAGAGGGGCAGAUAGCUCCUGGCAGAAGAUCCAGGAGAAGAGUGUGGAGGUUGCGAGCAUGGCAGUCCAGCAGACUGCCCUAGAUGUGCUCAUCUCAACAUUAAACGUGUCUGUGAGUGAGGGAGACUCACUGGAUCUUACGUGUAACAUCACAACAGACAGGAGCGGGAUUUUCCAAGCGGCAGUGAUGUGGUAUUUCACCGCUUCCRCCGAUGAUGCCUUGUCAGACGCUCAGGUUUUGCUGAGCAUGGACCAUGACUCUGUAGUCAGCGACUCAGCUCUGCUCAGCCUGAGCCGUGUGGACAGGAACUCCUAUCGCCUGCUGGUGCGGGAUGUGGACGUGGAGGACUCCGGCUACUACACCUGCCAAGCAGCCAUUUGGGCACCGCAGCACAACGGGAGCUGGCAGAAGGUGGUGGAGAGAACGUCUGCGCCCAUCAGCGUGGUGGUGACAGCACUAGAGCCAGAUUAUGAGGUGUUCCUGAAUGCUUCUAAAACACCCAAGUUCUCGGAUGACCCCACGGAGCUCGAAUGCAGGAUCACAAACAUGCAGGACUUGGAAGCAAACACCCGCUUUACMGUCUCCUGGUACUACAGGCUGCGGCUGCGCAGCGACGAUGUGGUGCCUGAGCAACUCCUGGCCUCAAUGGAUGCAGACUGGACUCUCCUGCUGGGGGAGAGGAGCAGGGAGCGGACUCAGAAUGGGGAAAUAAUCUUCUCCAAGAAAGCUGUGAACACCUUCAGUUUGCGAAUCCAGUGGACUUCAGAAAGUGACAGAGGGGACUAUUUYUGUGUCAUCUCUGCGUGGAGUAGGCACCGCAACAACAGCUGGGUAAAGAGCAAAGAUGUUGCUUCUGCACCUGUCAGCAUUUUCUGGGCUACACAAGAUUACACGCUGACAGUGGAGGCAGUGAGACUGAAGCCAUUCUUUGUGGCAGGCCACACCUUUGAGAUGACGUGCAAAGUGUCUUCAAAGAACAUCAAGACCCCACGCUAUUCUGUCCUCAUUACCGCCGAGAAGCCACUCGCAGAUCAGUCCAGUCCCAAUGGCACCACUCGCAUCAUCUCCUUGAACCAGGACUCAGUGGUGCGGCUGGAAGACUGGACGGAUCAGACUCGCGUGGAUGGCGUAGUUCUGGAGAAGGUCCAGGAGAACGAGUUCCGCUACAGGAUGUAUCAGACCCAGAUUUCRGAUGCUGGGCUGUAUCGCUGUGUGGUGACUGCCUGGUCCCCAGGCGGUGGCGGCAUGUGGCGUGAAGCCGUGAAUGGCCUAUCCAAUCCUAUCCAGAUAGACUUCCAGACCUCAGGUCCUGUGUUUAACGUGUCAGUGCAUUCCGACAACCAGAUGAUUUACCAGGGCGAGCUGGCAGAUUUGCUCUGUAUCAUCACAACAGAAGGAAUGGCACUCGAGCCAGAUGAUAUGUCCUUUGAUGUCUCCUGGUUUGCGGUGCGCUCCUUCGCACUGGACAGAGAGCCCGUCUUGCUGGCCUCCCUGGACCGCAGAGGGAUCAUGACACAGAGCAGGAGAAACGGGAGCAGUGAUCUCAGCCUGGAGAGAAUCAGCCCACUGGAAUUUCGGCUCCGUGUGUACAGCUGCGAGGACCACGACUUUGGGAACCACUACUGCGUAGUGACCCCGUGGGUGAGGUCUGCCACUGGUGUGUGGCAGCGGGAGCCCGACAUCAAAGCCAAGCCCAUCUUUUUAUCCGUGAAAAUGGAUGUUCUGAAUGCUUUCAAAUACCCGCUGUUGAUUGGCAUUGGUCUGGCCACUGUCAUUGGACUCUUAUCCUGCCUCAUCGGCUACUGCAGCUCCCGUUGGUGCUGCAAGAAGGAAGUGCAGGAAACGAGACGAGAGCGUCGCCGGCUAAUGUCGAUGGAGAUGGACUGAGCGUGGGAGCCCAAAGCGGUUGCGUUUUGUGAGAGACUCGCAGGGCGCUGGGGCUGUGCGCAGACACUCACUUGCAGGCCUSGACAAGACAGUGCGUUUCCUCUCCGAUUUCAGCGUGAACCUCAAGCUUCUCCUUGUUACACAUCAUGUCCUGAGAGUGCUCAGGUCGUGUUUAGCAACUCAGAGUUCUUCUUUUCCAGCAGCACUUUCUGCACAGGGAAAAGUCCUCCUAAUGUGCGAACUCUUGAGCCUUCUUUCAGCAGGGCCCUGUGACAAAAUUCACCAAAUUUCUUUUUCUGUUUAUUUGUUUUCUCUCCCCUCACAAUUUUGAAAAGAUUUGUUAAGUUGGAGGUGGGGAAAGAUUUGGAAAGGUGGAAGGGGCUGGUAGAAGUGUUAAGCAUCCAUCAUGUUAACUAAUCCGCACUUGCUGUCUCUCCCAUCACACCAUCCUGUCCCCUUCCUCCGUCCACCCUGGUGUCUGACUUGUCUGUGUUAGGACAAAGACAGAGGAAGAGUGCUUGCUGGUGCCUCCUGAGGCUGCUCCAGUGAAGAGCAGCUUCGUGGUUGUGACAUGCCUUCUCUGGCUUUCAAAGAGUUUAUGGUCAAGGCCAAAACAGCCUGCCUGGAAGUUUCAGAUCUUUUUUUAAGGAUUUUUAUAUUUUCAGCACUUAAAAUUCUUAGCUGUGGUGAAUACUUAGUAACUCUAAAGAGUCAGUCCUCACAAAAGCAUUUCCUGGAUCUCUGCCUAUGCCACCUUCUCCUUCCACCUCUCCGCCUUCUCUUCUCCCCAGUACAGCUGUUCCUGUUGUGCCUCAGACCCUGGUCUGCUUAUGGUAGCAGGGCAAUGUGAUGAGUAGGGAUGCGGCCAGCUUUCUGCCAGUCUCAGCAGAGAGGAAGGAAACCUUGCCUCAGUGGUGACUCAUGAAAACGCUGUGGUGAGGCCUUAUGUGUAGUUGGCCAACCAAUAAUGACAUGUAGGGGAAAUUUGGAAGCUAUGCAUUACAAAUGCAUGGGCCACACUAACACGACACAUGCCAGUCUCUCAGUGAUAACUCUUGGGCCUGUGAGCAGAGUCUGAGGUCUGUGGUAGCUAAAGUGCAGCUCAGGUUUCCUUCAGAGUAGGAAUAAGAAUUGGCCCAAGAGCCAGGAAGAAUCCUUCUGUUUCCAGUGAUCCUGGUCUCGUGUAAAAGACCCUCUGUUCCCGGGCCUGCCGCAGGGCUUUCCCCAAGGGUUUGAGGCAUAUUUCUAGGUGCUAUAAGAAUCGCUGCUUUGGUCUUCCACGUAUGCUGACCUAGCUCCUAACAGGGAGCAGCUCCUUUUUUUGGGAGCUCUGUCUUCCCAGCACAGCUGGUGUUUUAAGCAAUAAAAGUCAGAAUAAAAUUACUGUUUAUAAACAAGGAAGUAGGACUAUACCCUUUGCUGCCAUAACCACCGUGGUUUGGCUCAUGUCAAGGAAGGUGGGGAGUCUAGAGCUGAGGCCAGGGCUCCAACAUUUAGAUAUUUUUUGAGAGGGGAGAACAGAAAAGAUGCUGGAUGAGCAAAUUCACAGCAGGUAGUGGCUUUGAUGUACGGCUGCCGAUCUAAACAUUAAUUAUGGCCUUGAUUAUCUCCUUCACCAGCAGCUCAUCCUGGUACAUAUUCCACAGGAGCUGCAGGUCUAAUAUUCUUGCUAUCAUGAUGGCUUCAUUUCAUAUUAGUACUUGUCGAAUCUUCACUCAGUAUUGUAGCUAUUCUAGACUGGGGUUUGAGUUGUGGACUUUUAUGUUGCAAAMAUUAGGAAACAUUUGUUCUCGGGCUGUUGAGUUUGUUUUUUCUAGAAAGCUGAGUUUGGGACUCAACGCCCCCCUGCACCCAUACACGUGUCUAAUGGGAAGCUGAAUGAGACCAUCUCAGACCUCAUCUCUCAAAAUGAGAGAUCAUCUCAGUGGGACCCACUUGAGUGGGGACUGCGACUGUAAUUGGACUCAUAGACAUUUAGCUACCUAAAACUGUUAUACCACAAACUUACAAAUCUCUGCAAGAUCUUGGCCUGAACAUCCACAAAAUUUUUAAUUCUGUCCUGUUGUUUUUCUCUGUAGGGACCUUUAAAAUAUCUUGCAGUAUUGCUGCAUCUGCUGAGGAACAGGGCUGAAACAGUCUCUAGCUUCCACUGUGAAGGGCCAGAAAUCUGUCAUGGUGCUUGCUUUCCAAAGGAGAGCACUUGAGAAGAGAAUUCACUCAGAUAACACUUURACAGCAAGAGGUUUUUCUUCCUCUCCUUUUCUGCUUGCUGUAGUGAAAACUUGCUUUUUCCUUGGAUGUUCUUGGGCACCAGUCUGAUGUUCUGAAUUCUAGGUCUCCUUUCCACACUGACCUUCAGCAGCUUCUCUCCUGUUCUAACAUCUGCUUUUUUUCACUGCAGGCUUGUGGCAUUGGGGGACUUUGAGUGGGGUUGACCUCGUUAAGUUUCAAGCACAGCAUCAGUCACUUGUUCUCCUUGAAGACUGAACUUUUGCUUAUGUGCUCUUCGUUAAAUUUGGAGGGGAAAGAGGAUCGUGACUGUAAUGCAAUAAUUAGGGAAUGAAUGAGCAAGGAACUGCCAGCUCUUCCCAAGCACACAACACAGCACACUUUCUCCCUGCUGGAAGAAACUCAGGGUUAUUUUGGUCAGAACUCCCUGCCCCUUUAGUGAAAGGUCCCCAUGCCCUUAGUAAAUUUUGACCAUCCUUCGUGGCAUGUAAUAAACCAUCCUUGUCAUUCCAACUGAAGCAAGUUCACCACUAGCUCGUGCUGCUGCCAGCCCCUUGGAAGGCAAUGCUGCAUCCCCUUACACUUUGUUUUUGCUGUAGUUGGGAAGGCUGGACACUGAGAGGCUAGACUUACCCCACAAGUUUCCUUCUAAUUGUGCCAAUUUUGUAUUAUUCCCAUUUUUUAAAAUACUCUGGCAAUCUUUAAUGAGAAAAUGUCUUGGUCACUUUCCAUGUUUUUUAUUAUUAUUAUUUCCUGUGUGAUUGGGUGUGUGUGUAUGUGARUGGAGAUGUGUGCGAUGUGGUUGUGUAUUUACCCUGGAGAGUGUCAAGAGAAUAAGCUGCCUGAGAUGCCCUACAAGUAUCCCUAUCCUCCCAGCUGCAACCUGUGUUACUGUCCAAGGAUCCUAAGGGCUCACAUUGGUCUUCCUCUGUCUGCUUUGCCACAUCUCUUGGUUAAGCUGGUAAAUUCUUCCAAGCACUUGGAAUUUGAUCCAGGACAAGCUUGAACGUUGUAUAGCAGAAGGACAAGAUACUUUCUUUCAUUUGUUUUAAUUUCAAAGUUAUAAAAUGUUUGGCACAAUUCCAGAAUGCAGGUACGGAAUAGUUCUAACAAUGC